CACAGAGGUUCUCUUUGCCUUUAAUUUAUUUUUCUUCUGCCCAAACCAAAAAAAAAAAGUUUCCAGAUCCAAAAUUACAACAAAGAUUCUCAAACUCCUAAAACUUCAUCUUAAAAACUUAACAAACAAAAUUCUAAUUACGAAAAAUCCCAAUCCUAGUGUUUCUCUUGUUGGCUUUUUUGUUUGAUCUGUCUGUAAUUUUUUUUUUGUUUGAUCUGUGGUUUGUUUUGUAAAAAUUCCACUCGUCAGCACUCAGAUUAAUCUCUUGUCCAUUGAUCUAUCUAUCGACUUGCUUCGACUUUUGAUUUGAGAUUUGCGAAAAUUAGGGUUUUUGUUUCGAAAUUAGUGUUUGUGUCACCUAGAUGAACGAUCAAUCUAAGCUGAUGAAUCCGCCACCUCCACAGCAGAUGAUUGGUCAGCCUCCACCGCAACAGAGGAUGAAUCCGCCGCCGCCGUCACAGGUACCACGGAUUAUGAACCAGAGUCCGUUAUUAGGCCAAUCUCAUCCGAUUAUGGGAAUGAAUCAGCAGCCACCACAGGUUAUGAUGAACAGCAAUCAGCCAAUGAUGAUGAAUCCACGCAACUUUAACCUUAACCAGAGUUUGAGUUCCGAGUAUCAGCAGAAUCUUGCUCCUAAUAACUUUGGUUCGAAAAUGAGUCGGAACAAUUGGAAAGGGAAGAAGAUUACAAGUGACAAGAGGCCAAUGAUGGAGCAGCAGCAGCAGCAAAUUAGGAGGAUGCAUAACUCUGGGAUUCCUAUGUAUAACCCUCAGCAACUUCCUGGUUCUGGUAGUAUUCAGGUUGGUGCUGGUGGUUACAAGCCGCCGACUUUGAAUGAGCUGCAGUCUCAGAAUAGGUUAAAGACGAGGAAGUUUUAUCCGAAGAAGAAGUAUGGUAACCGAUAUGUUCCUUAUGCGCCGAGGAACACGACUUCGUUUAUUAUCAGGGCGAAGAAAUCUGGUGGAAUUGCUGAGUUGGUGUCUCCAUGCCCUGUGACACCGGCGGUGUUGCCUACGCCAAUGUUCUCGCCGUCUAGGGAGGUGUUGGGUGAUAUGGCGAAGGAGGAGUGGGGGGUUGAUGGUUAUGGCUCUAUGAAAGGGCUGAUUAGGCUGAGAGCUGAUGGGAAUGAGUUGGAACCUUAUGAGGAGGAUGAUGAAGAUGAAGGAGGGUCGAGUGAGAGUGAUGUGGAGGAGCAUGUUGAGGUUGAGAGGAGAUUGGAUCAUGAUUUGAGUCGGUUUGAGAUGAUUUAUCCGAAUUAUGGUGGUUCUGAGUAUAACAAUGUUUUGGAAAACCGAGUGGAUGAUCAGGAUAGCCAUAUUGCUCAACUGGAGGAAGAGAAUUUAACUUUGAAGGAAAGGUUGUUUUUGAUGGAAAGGGAGUUAGGUGACAUGAGGAGAAGAUUACAGUAUCUCGAGAGGCGGGAUAUGGUUGCUCAAGAUGCUAACGAGGAGGUUGUGGAGAAUGAGUCUGAAAGUGAUGGUGAUGAUACAGGGGGAUCUGAUGCUCGUACUAGUGGUGAAACAAAGGAGAACCAUGUAGCUGCAGAAGAUGUUUGUAUGCAGGAUGUUGCGGCAAGGGAUAAUGAGGCUGUGGUGAAGGAAAACAACAAUAACAGCAAGAGCGUGGAUGAAGUGAAAGCGAACAAACAAUCGGUUGGUGUGGGAAGUUCUGGGGAAAGUAAACCUGAAGGUAAGGAAAAAGCUGAGACAGAGUUUCGGGAAGUUUCAGGGGAACAAUGUGAGGAAGACAACCAAGGUGUGGUUGGUAUGGAUCAAAGUAAGGAAAAUGAAAUGGCAAUUGAGAAGCUUGAAGAUGCGUCUGAGAAUGAUUCUGCUGGAAAACAAUGAGCGACCAUAUGAUACCUGGACCAAGGAGGGAAGCAGACGAGAACCCAUGAUGAUAGGCAGUGGUUAACUAACUGGUGAUGCAAAAGUUGAAUGCAUACGAGUUUCACUUUGAAAUAAUGUAAGUCUCUUGUAUGCACAGGCGUCAGUGAUGGAUAUCUGCAGCAGCUCUAUGAUGUAUAUGUCAAAAUGUACUUGUCUUAGUAGGUGUAGUCUAGUUCUCUGACCGCUUUUGGUACCAGAGUUUAGGAGGCUCGCUUUCACGGAGAAGUUCAUAUGAAGUCAUGGUAAGCUUGUUUUUUUUCUUUUCUGGUACAUCUUGUUGAUGAUAAUGGAUUGUAGUAAAACAGGGUUCAUUGUAGUGAAAAAACUUAUGGGUGAUAGAGUUUUAUGUUUCUUUUUUUAAUGCAUUUGGAUGCUUCACUUUAGUAGUAUUAAGCGUAAUAUCUUUGUCUUGGUUUGAGACAGUUGCAGAGAGCUUUAAGAGAAUCUCAGAGCCGAAUGAAUGAUGUCCUUAUUUGGUUGGAUUCAGAUUCUUGGAUUGCCUCUGAGAAACAAUUAGGCCCACCAAGUUUGGGCCCGGAUGGGUUAGUGGGUUGAGUUAUUUAAGGUCCACGAUACUAAUAAUAAAAAUAGAAUAACCGAAUCAUUAGAUCUCUAUAGAGUUAAUUAAGAUUAGGUAAUUAAUAGUGAUGCGACAUAUUGCUUGUAAUAAAUGAAUAACAUUCAUCAUAUUUUCUUUUUAAUAAUAUCACAGGAAUUAAUAAUUCACUAAACUCAAGUUUAAUAAUUCGCCAAUUUCAGUUUUGAACAUGUAACAUAUAAGAAUAUUUAGUUAUUUACGAUGGUAUAAUUUGAAAAUAUAUUGCAUUCUAAUAACAAUUUGUUAACCAUUGUUUUAUUUUGUGUAGCCUGUAGGUUUAGAUUGCUUCUCAAUGUCAAGUGUAAAGGUGAACCAUCUUAUGAGUUAUGACACACUGCCUGAAGAACGGAUGUUUCAAUGAAUAAUCGGAAUUUCUAUCAGUUAUUGAAGUCUCUUAAUCUAAUUUACGUUGCUUUUCUCUUAUUCAAAUCUUCUCUAAUUUCAGUUGUUGUAAGUUCUAUGUGGAUCGAUCGAUUCCAAUCGUUGUAAAAGUCGAUUUAGUCAAUGAAGCGUUUGUGUGAAUAUUAAAACAAAAAAUCAAGAAAACUGUGAUCGAGUU